AUGGACAUGCUCUCCAAAAUGAGCUUUGCGAAGGGAAUCAGGAACAGGAUCCAGCAUCUGUGGAGCGCGCAGUGUGCGGUGAUGGCGGCCUCGGAGCGCAGGCUGCCGAGUCCCGAGGCGUUCGUGGGCCAGUCGUGGAGCAGCUGGAUCGAGCGGGCCGAGGCGCUGCGGCUGGCGGAUGGCACAGAAUCGGAGGAUUGUGGCAAGGAUGUGCGGAAGAAGAUUGAAACAAUGCGACUCAUCAGAGAAGACAUGCCAAUCUUUGGUCACUGUCCAGCCCAUGAUGAGUUCUUCCUUGUGGUGUGUAACCAGUGUGGACAAGUAGUUAAACCUCAGGCAUUUCAGAUGCACUGUGAGAGAAGACACGGAUCUCUGAACAAAUUGUCAGCACGGAAACCUCCCGCCUUGACGUCCACAAACUCCAUCCUGCAGAAAUCACGAUGCAACAGUGUUCAAACUGCAGUUACCGCCAACCAUGGCGCCAGAUCCUCCAAAGAGAAGCUGCACAGCCCUGGUAACAAGGUGCUACAGUUAGAUGUGCCUUCAAAGGGACCAAAAGAAAAUUUGUGCUUGUUUGUUCCCAUGGUAAACCUUGAAAAGAUCCCAUCUCUUGGAAAGACAGAGAGUUCCUGCAUCAAACUGACUGCCAAGCCUCCUGCUGUUUCGCCCUCCUCUCCUGAACCCAUCUCUCCCUCUGAGAAACCCAGCAUGGCCCCUGUCCUUGAUUCUAUGCCAAAGACGGGGGCAGCAGAAGCAGCUGAUCUCUCAUUCCCAGCUCUGGUGAUUCAGAAUGGUAAAGGUGAGAGGUCGCCCGCGCUGGAAGAACCAGUAAACAAUAACAGGAGAAACAACCAUAAAGUCCACAGGAGGAUAAUUGAGAAAGAAAGUGAUCUCAAUAAGCACUGCGGAGUGAUGGAUCCAGAGAGCAAGAAGCACUGCACACGUUCAUUAACUUGUAAGACGCACUCCCUGACUCAGAGAAGGAACGUGAUCGGGCGGCGACUGGCAUUCGACGAGCUCCUGGCAGAACAUCGGGCAAGCUUGAAGAACAAGGAAGGUGGUCGAGAGAGAAAGCAGCAGGCAAAAGAGGCAGUGCCACUUUCUCCUGUGCAGGAGAUGACCACCGGAGGCUGGGGUUCAGUGAUGCCAGGAGUCCCCAUGAGAAACACAAAGCCUGUCUGCUCUUCUGGCUCCAGGGUUUCCUUGGAAAGUGAAUUGUCUGAUUGUGAGAGGUCCACAGCUGAUCCUGCUCCACACUCUGAGCUCCCCUACCCUCUCUUCAGAUUCGAGAUAAACAGCCGGCUGUCGAGCGAAGAGAGUGAUGGAGAGAUGCCUGAGGAAUUGGAGAAGCCAGACUGUCACUAUUCACAAUUGCAUCCAAAGCCACUGGCAUUUUGCACUUUCGGAUCCCGAAUGAUUAGCCGAGGUUAUUACGUCUUCAACAGGAGAUUGGAUCGUUUCCGAAUGGCCCUUAAUUCCAUGGUGGAAAGGCACCUAAACUCUCAGAUGUGGAGGAAAAUCCCUCCAGCCAUGGAUGCCCAGACGGCACUGCCACCACCCGCCUCCUCGCUGCAAUCGUUGUCCUCCCUGCCUGUGGCAGCCAACUCCUCCUCGCCCUCGCUCGCGGGCACGGAUCUAAAGCCAACACCCUCGACUGCUGCCUCCACCGCAGCGCCAACCUCCACGGAACUGCCUGCCAUCCGCUGCCGCUCGCCCCCUUUGUUACCCCCCGCCUCAAACCCUUUGCGUGCUUCGGGCAGAACGUCCUGGGCCAAGGCUGGGAGCGUGUCCGGAUUCCACCAAGGCUCUCACCCACUCACUGACACAUCACAAAGCAAGAGGAAGAAGCCAGCAUUCUCUGCCUCCCAGUUGCAACCUACUCUGGACCCCCCACUCAAAAGGAACUGUGUGCUAAGUCUGGGCAGGAUCAGCAACCCUCCGCCUGGUGGAAUAGUCCCCCGGCCCACUAACAUGAAUACCUCUUCACACAACGCUAACAAUGGAGUGGCUGCUCACAGCCCCAAAGCACUGGGACAGGCGGGAAUCGUGGGGCAUUCAGGGAAGUCCAUCAAAGGGCCCAGCUGGACAGUGGAACUCUUUGACCCCAAAAGGGAUGCUCGCCUCUGUGAGGGACGUAAGCUUGGAAUUCACUGCCCCUCGACCCCACCACUGAUCGGCAACUCACCCCUACGAGCUGAGGGCAGGAAACGGAAGAACGCGGCCUCGUGCUUAAAACCCACCAAAAUAACCAAGUCCCCCGAAGUCAACUGCGCGCACAGGAAAAGGGAGGAGAGCUUGGCGACAUCUCGACCGCCCCUCAACUCCCACACACAAAAGGCAAAGGUGCGCCCUUGAAAAUUACCUUGGUGGGGACAAGGACCUGGAAACCUUUCUCUGAUCAGCAACCUGUUCCAGCCUUUGGCCACACAAAUUGGCUCCUAUCGCGGGUGUUGAGAGCUCUGUCGGAUCACAGGCUUAUUGGGCACAAAUGAAAGAGGGCAUAUCCCGGCAGCUGCCGCAUUUAGUACAAGCUACUUUUGGGCGUGCAGCCUGCCCUUUGCAUACCACAUCAGUAUGGAGUUCAGUUACUACUCUUGUCAUCCAUCUGUUUUGUUUAUCCCUUUGAACCUUUUUCUGACUACAGUGAACCCUCGUUAUUACAGACCUCUUUAUAAUGGAUUUUGGUUAUAGCGGAUGAACUUAGCGAUCUUCACCACCAGGCCAGGCAGGUGAUGACACCCCCGGCACGCGCUGCUUCCAGGCCAGACCUACCCACCUUCAGCACCGGGCCAGACUGCCGACGGUACUCCCGGCUCACAGUGCCUCCCCGGCAGUUUCUAGGCCAACUGGCGACCUCACUCCCGGCCGCCACCACCACCAUGGCCGCAUCCGGACCUACCGACCUUCAACGCCAGGCUGGGCUACCGACACCGGCUCACCCUUGGCCGCUUCCAGGCCACGCCUGCCACCACCGACCCUUUACCUGCAUUUCAGCCACCCACAGGCCGCGACCAUGACUCUGCCGAUCCUCACCUCCCCUCUGGCCGCCAGCAGGCCCGGGCCAUCAACACACCUGGAGUUCGGGCCCCAUUCCAGACAGAAUCUGAAGAAGGGUCUCAACCCAAAACGUUGCAUAUCCAUGUUCUUCACAUAUGUUGCCUGACUUCCUGAUUUACUGCAGCACUAUGUGUCCUAUUGUGUAUUAACCAGCAUCUGCAUACUUUGUUUCCACUACUUGUACAAUGGUACUAUAACUCGGUAAUCCCUUCCUCACUUAUAGCAGACAAUCGGCAAUAAUGACACUAUCCCCCCCCAUUCCCCCCAUGCUCCGUUAUAAUGAGGGUUUACUGUAUUUUUUUUACUGGCCACUUGCCAUGGAGGCCCUGCUCUGCAUUGUUCUAAUAGGGACCUGAUUGCAAAUGCACACAAACUUGGCCAUGGAACAUUCAACCUGUGCUUUAGACAUAUAGGAGAAUGAUAACAGGACAUUGUGCCAUUUCUUCAGUCCAGGAUCUGCAGUCAGUGGGGUGCAAGUAUCCCUGUUUGAUUCAUGCAUUUGUAAGUAUGUUAUUCCCUGCCUUCAUCUUCUCACAGAGCUAUUCAUGAUGGCCUGUGGGUGCUGGAUGCCCUUCAGGUACAUUCCCCAAGGAAACAUUCCCCUCAUAACGGUUUUGCACAAUUAGGACGAACCUGCAAGAAUACCUCACCUUCCCUUUCCCUCCCCCUCGAAUAGUUAGAUCCACCACCACACUACUCUUCUCACUCUAGGAGAUACUACACUAGCACUAGCACUAGCACUAACAGCCACCAGGAGUAGUUUGAGUGGGAAAGGUUAAGAGAGGAGGAUAUUGACUGCCACAAAUUAAACUUCAUACCUACUGAAAUUUGAGCAGAAAAGUUUGAACAGUUCCAUUCGUAAAUAUGAAUAGGAAGAAAAAUAGUUCCAUCGGACCUGGAGGCAAAUGAUGAAUGUAUCCUUGCCCUUUGACUCUAAACCGACUGCAUCACAGUGCCUUUGAAAUUUGUUCAUUCAGUCAUAUUUGUGAACUUGGCUCCUCUGUGUGAAACCUUCAUGGGAUUGGGAAGGGCGCAUGCUGAAAAGGAAGAAUAAUUUGAUUUAUUGGUAAUAGGGUGAUCAUUAAUUCCUUCUGUUUAAGUGAAUUUGAGCAUCUUUUGCCCACUGAUGGUUUAACCUUUACAGUUAAUCCCACAUCUUCCAUUACAGUCUGGUACUUUAUUUGUUUUCAAUCCCUCCCCUCUGCUUUUCUCCCUUCUCCAAAUUCCAUUUCUCUACCAUUCGAUACCUUAUCUUAGAUUGAUACCAACACAGAAGGAGAUCAUUUGAUAUGCCAGGUGCAUACUAGCUCUCAGGGGUGUCAUCUCUUCAGUCCCAUUUCUUCACCAAUUUACUCACCUUCACACAUGCACAUCAACGUUCUUUCAUUUGUAACUUGUAGUGAGAGGUAAUUCACAGUUACUAAUCCACUAGUAUGUCUUUGGGAUGUUGGAGGAAAUUAGAGCACCCAGGAAAAACCCAAGCGAUGACGGACAGAAGAUGUAAAGUCUGCACAAGUUUUAACUUUCUCUUUUGUUUACAUGUCUCUGACCUCACCUCCCCUUCUACACCAUUCAUUCUGUCCAAGAGGCAACCUCUGCCCUCUGGAUGGGGAUGGAUUACUGGUUCAUGGGUAGGAGUAGUGGGGGCUUCUAAGAGGCCUGUUCUGUCUCAUUCAGCAGCCUUAGAUCACUUACACUGAACCCUCCAAAUAACACUUCCAACCAUCCACCCACCACUACAGGUCAGACUAUAUGUUGAUCAUUGAAUUACUGGGUGAACAUUGUGACCUAGCCGUUUCGGCGCCUCCGUUUUGGGGUGUUAGAGUUAGGGUUAGGGUAUGGGUUAGGAUAGCGUGCCACAGCGGCGGGCCAGUGGAAACAAAUUUCCAAACUUGUUAACAUAAAGCUGAUCUCACUUGCAAUAUCCUUGGCAUAGGAACUUCUUGCAGAGGGUGAUGAAUCUCUGGAAUUCACUAUCCCGAAGUAUUGUGACGCAUGGAACACUUUUAUUUAUCUGGAGGUAUUUACAGAGGUUAGGGUUAGGGUUAGGGUUCUGAUGAGUACAGAUAUUAUAAACAGAGGCACCGGAACGGCAGCUCCGAAAAGUACCCGACCCCCUCCUGGUUUCUUACCACAUCUAUGAGAUGGAAACCAGGCUAAGUUCAUAAUAGUGACCUCAGAGGUUAACUACAAACCAUUUUAACUUUACUUGUUUUGUUUCUGUUCUGUCAAAUUCUGUCUAAUUCUCAAACCAAACCAUUCCUUUGCCCACGAUAAGAUGAACUGAAUAUUCAUACAACAUGGUUGCAUCGUAUUUUCUGUUACAAGCGGGUUUAAAAAAAAAAAUUCAUUGCUAUUUUAUGUACAUAUUUCAGCCCUAUCACAUUUGAUCAGCAUCAUUGAUACAAGUUAUCUUCUUCUCCAUAACUUUAUUUUGUACUUUUAAUUCAGUUAGAUAUAAUCUUAUGUGAUCUACGCGACGUUAUUUCUUGGAGGUAUAGCAUUGUGUUGUCAUGUUUCCUAAUGAGCUCCUGUCUGCUUGCCCCUCAGAUGAGUCUCUUCCGCUCUGCCUCCAGUAUCAGUGCAAUAGUUUUCAUUUUACCUCUAACACUGUUAUUGGGAUUACCAGUUUAAUAGUGUGUAGCGCUGGUCAUACAAUAUCAGACUUAUUAUCCGCAUAGCCCUUAAAGUUAGCAGAUCAACAAGAGUUCCGUUCAUCAUUCUGGGCUGGAAUGACUCUAGGAACAAGGAAUAAAAUGUAAUGAUCAAGAAUUUGUAAUGGACUUGCGGAAAUAGCCCCGUCUCUGGUCCUCAUCACCUUUGUCCUGUCUAUAUUGAGCAUUCAGUUCAGUGGAGUAUCAAAAAUGACCUCCAUUAUGCUGGUUCAAGUGAAUGACUGAGACAACGCACAAUAAUGUGAAAUACUGAACACCCGUAUCAGGCACGGAACUCAAAAUGCCAAGGUGUGUAAAUGUCUGGAAAGUUUUUAAUGAUUAUGUACCGAAUUAUGCAAAUAUUUUUUGUAUUUGAUCUAGUAACGACAUAUUGUCUAUAAUAUUUUACAGAUUGAAAUGGUCAGAUAUAUAUCUAUAUACAGAUAAAUACAUAUAUAUAGUGACCUAAUGUUACAAAUGCCAGAUGCAUACCCAUUGAGGUAAUUAGAUACCUUGGCAGCAGGUGAAGGCCAGUGUGCUGUCAGAUGCAAAUCAUUGCAAAGUCAGUAGUCAUGUAAUUUAUUGUACAGAUCAAACCAUUAUAAUCUGAAUCUGAUUUUUUUCCUUUAUAUGCCAUGUUUUAAUAAGGAGGUUGGGUAUGGAGUUAUUUAAGAAGGACCUGCAGAUGCUGGAAAAUCGAAGGCAGACAAAA